AUGUCAGGGAGGUUUAUGCCCUCUAGCUUACCCUACUGCUGUUUUAGGUUCACAAGGGCUACUAAGUUCUAUUCCUACUCUCUGAUGGAAAACAUAGGAGGAGCCUUAAUGUUAAUUGGUUAUGAUGCAUUUCUUUACCCGCUCAAAGUGACGUGUACCGCCGGAUCUCUGGACCCCCAUGCCUCUAUUCAAGCACUUGGCCUGCUAAAAUUAAUCCCGCGUCGGAAAGCAUUUCUAAACAAUACUGUCUCCGGCAUCCUUGUACUCAAUAAUGGCUAUGCGGACCCAGGGGCCUCCCCAAGCACUGGAUGCCUUGCCAACGCGUGGAUCGGACAGUUUUCUGUACAAGCCAUCGACUUCAAUAUUCUCGUCAUCUCGAUAUCGGUAUUUAUGGCGGUUCAAAAGCAUCAGUUUCUCAGCGAUUCAUCAAGAGCUAUGACCACAAUUGUGUGCAUCUUGCCAUGGAUUCCCGGUACAAUAACCAGCUUUGUUGGCCUUGGUCUCGGUGCAUAUGGACCCUAUCUUGGCCUUCGGUACGGCCUCACGCACGCUUGGCGGAUCGCUAUUUUCCUGGCCACGAUAUCAAUCUACACUUUUAUCUACAUAAAACUCCGACGCCUGUUCAGCCGCCUCAAGGUUGACCUUAGCUCGUCUGCCGCUGGCCAAGAUACAGCUGGUAACCGGUCUCGGAGUCAACUGGAUACCACAGAGCCGUCUAAUAGCCGUCGGAUCUGGAUCACCACAUCUGUUGAAGCCUCCUCGUAUGAGUUGCAAUCUCAGCCAAUAUCCAAGGAAGACCAGCAUACACAGGAUUCCAAUAUUGGGAAAUCACAGUGGCCCGCUUCUUCAAGAGACCAGCCUUUUCCAACAGAGAUCCUCCACACAAAUACACCCCAGCAAUCCUCUGUCAAUGUGGAGCCAUCUAGGAAUGCGCCGGCAUCACCUAAUCUAAAGAGAAUGCUUCUUUUGAAUGGAUAUCCGAUUGCGUACAUUAUCCUCUGGAUUCCCGGCAUGGCGAACCGCUUAGCCGAGUCGGUGGGCAGCUCACCGCAAUGGCUCACGUCGUUGCAGGCCUGUACUCAGUUUGUUGGAAUGGUUAACGCCCUGACUUAUGGCUUCACCGAGCAGAUGCAGCGCGCGAUACAGGUGUGGAUGAAAAGGCGUAGUUUCCGAACACUAGACAUCGAAUAA